GUUGUAGUGACAAUGGAACAUACUGCAAAAAAUGGUGGAGCAAAGAUCCUUAAAAACUGCACUCUACCUCUCACUGGAAAGAACUGCGUCAAUACCAUCAUCACCGAUAUGUGUGUGUUUGAAGUCGACAAGGAUAAGGGUCUGAGACUCAUUGAAAUUGCCGAGGGGGUCAGUCUUGAUGAUAUAAGAGCUUCAACUGAAAGUCCAUUUGAAGUUGCUUCAGAUAUUCAACCAAUGAGACAGAUUUGAUGCGUAAUAUUUAAGAAUUAUUGUUAUUAUUUAUUUUAUGUUUUUUUGCAAAAGUUAAGCCACAUAUGUUCUUACAUUCCAAUUAUGUAUCACAGCUGUGCAAUAAAUUA